AUGGCUUCCCUCGCAUCUACUGGAAGCCCUUCCGUCGAAACGGCCAGAAGGCUAGCCAGCAUGCCGCACGAUGAGCACGAACGGCUUUUGCUGGUCCUUGGGACUGCCAUCUGUACCUUUUCGAUCGUUCUUGUGCGCUACUUCUGGAGUCCCCGACGCAAAACCCCUCCUGGACCACCCGGCUUGCCUAUUCUCGGCAAUGCACUUCAACUAACGGGCGACCAAUGGCUCCAGUUCAGUGCUUGGAGGAGAGAAUACGGCGAUAUGGUCUAUCUGAAUGCGAUGGGGCAGCCGAUGAUCGUACUCAAUAGUUCCUCUAUCGCGAUGGACCUACUCGAGCGUCGUGCAGCGAUAUACUCGGACCGACCUACCAUGAUCGUAUCGCAUGACAUCAUGUGUGGUGGGAACACGCUUCCAAGUGCCCAUUACGGAGACAUAUGGCGAAGAAUGCGCAAAGCAUCGCAUGAAGCGCUCAAUAAGGUCGUGGCGGAAGGUCUGAACGAGUACCAGCACGAGGAAGCCCUUGUCCUUGCACGGGAUGCAAUGCAAAAUGCGUCGAGUUGGGAGAAGUUCGUUCGCAACUCCACUGCAAAUAUGAUGCUUCGCAGCCUUUAUGACGAGACUCCAGCAUUGGGCGAGCAUGAUGAUCGCGUACAUAAGAUCAACGAGUUCACCGCGACUGUCAGUGCCGCUGCUGUCCCCGGUGCAUUCUGGGUUGAGAUAAUGCCAUGGAUGCGCAACCUGCCCAGCAUUUUGGCCCCGUGGAAGCGUCAAGCUGAAGUAUUCUACAGGCAUUACGAUGAGAUGUUUUGCGGUUUCUUUGAUCGUGUGCAAAGAGACAUUGAUGACGGGCUCGAGCGAACCUCGUUCUCUGCCUCACUGAUUCAAGAUAGCGAUCGCCACAAGUUGACUACGCACGAAAGCGCGUGGCUGACGGCCUCUCUCUUCUCCGCGGGAUCUGACACCACUCGCGCCGUACUGAGUUGGUGGGGUUUGGCCAUGCUCCUUUACCCCGACAUCCAGAGGCGCGCACAAGAUGAGUUGGACGCCACAGUCGGCCGCACCCGGGUGCCUACAUUCGCCGACAUGCCUCACCUGCCGUACAUAAGCGCCAUCGUCAAGGAGGUGAUCCGCUGGCGGCCCGUUACCCCCAUCGGAGUGCCCCACAGAAGCACCCAGAACGACUUCUACGAGGGAUACUUUAUCCCGAAAGGAACGGUCAUCAUACCGAACGUUUGGGAGAUGAACCGCGACACCGCGACGUUUGGUGAAGAUGCCCAUCUCUUUAACCCCAGCCGCUUCCUUGACGAGAAAGGAGAACUCCUUUCUACAUUGCCUGGCUCGAAGGAUGAUGGCCACUAUACCUUUGGAUUCGGCAGGCGGAUAUGCGUGGGAAAGCACGUAGCAACCAAUAGCCUCUUCAUCGAUAUAGCCAUAUCUCUCUGGGCUUACUCGUUCAUGAAUGUUGAGGGGCAAAUUCUCGAUUCAGAGGGCGGUAUGAACGAGGGAAUCGUCGUUGCACCGAAACCAUUCAAAGUCGACAUUCAGUAUCGCUUCCCAGAAGCGCUUUCUCUACUCACUCAAGAAUGUGAAUUACGUGGGCGUUGA